AUGUUUUCCUCGUUGCACGCGACCGCGCCGAGGAUUCUGGCAGCACGAAGUGCUCGACGCUCUCUUCAGCGAGUGCAAUGGUUCUCUGACAGUGUCGCACAUGAGGAGAGCGAUAUAGUCAUCGUCGGUGGGGGACCAGCUGGGCUUGCACUGGCGAGCGCGCUCGGUGCUUCCAAGGCCGUCCAACAUGGCUUACGAGUCACUCUUGUUGAAGCUGGUGACCUCUCCAAGGUCCGAGAAUGGUCCCCUCCACCCGGCACGUUCUCCAAUAGGGUCAGUUCAAUCACGAACGCAUCGCAAGCUUUUCUCCAAGAUAUUGGUGUGUGGCCGCAUGUCGAAGCGGAGCGAACAUGCCCCGUAGAGGAGAUGCAGGUAUGGGACGGCCUGUCGGAUGCACGAAUCACAUUUGACGCGCCGGAACGUUCUGCGUUCUCCGGACUGGCUCGCAUUACGGAGAAUCUGAACCUGCAACGUGCACUCCUACGCCGUCUUUCGACUGUGCCUUCAGUGCAGCUACUUGACAAGGUCAAGGUACAAGCUAUCCAGAGGGAGGAAAGACAGGGUGGCGAUUGGCCCUUGGUCCACCUGUCUGAUGGUCGCAUCCUUCGCGCGAGACUGCUGGUCGGCGCUGAUGGAUUUAAUUCUCCCGUGCGUGCGUAUGCAGGGAUACAAUCUUACGGAUGGGCGUACGAUACACACGCCAUUGUGGCAACACUUUUCCACGCCCCUCGCACAGCGUUUGAGCCCACAAAUACUGUCGCAUACCAGCGAUUCCUCCCCACUGGGCCCAUUGCAUUCCUGCCACUAUCUCCGACCGCAUCUUCCCUCGUCUGGUCUACGAAGCCGCAUCUCGCACGCGCACUGAAGGCCGCAGACCCAAUCGUACUGGCAAGUUUAAUAAACGCGGCCUUCCGCCUCCCCGAGGUGUCGCUGCGAUAUUUGCAUGCCCAGAUCCUUGAAUCUCAGGAGAAUGGUACUUUGUUGUCACCACAACAAGUACAGGAAGAAAUUGUCUGGCGCGAGCGCUCGCAUAACAUCGACCCACGCUCGGCAUAUUCUUCGUCAGCACCAUCCGUCACAGCUGCUACGGGAGUCCCGCCUGCCGAUGCGGAUGUGCUACCGCCGUUGGUCACAUCUAUUCAGCCAGGGACGAUCGCGUCUUUCCCGCUAAAAUUUAGCCACGCUGACACCUACAUCGGCGAAGGCGCUGGUGCGCGCACCGUCCUUGUUGGAGAUGCUGCACACACCGUCCAUCCGCUCGCGGGACAGGGCCUCAACUUGGGCCUUGCAGACGUCGAGACACUAUCGCGGCACAUCCAAGAAGCAGUCUCGCUCGGUGGCGAUAUCGGCUCAUACACCGUGCUCCAACCAUACGUGCGAGAACGGUAUUUCGAGAAUCACAAGAUGCUGGCAGCCAUGGAUAAGCUGCACAAGCUCUAUGCGCAGACUGCGGCGCCCAUCGUGUGGGCGCGCUCCGUUGGCGUGGAGGUGCUGAACGAGCUUGAUACCAUCAAAGCUGCAAUGAUGGUGUCCGCAGGAAGCGCUGGGCCCUCCGCAAGAACUUCUGGAUGGAGCCUUGCUGUAGGCGGCGUCGAGCGCUUCGCACGUACAGUGGAUAGUACCCGACGCGUUGCUGAUGGCGUUGCUGGUUUGGUUGGGGCUGGUGUACAGGGCUUGUUGAAGCAGAUGACCCCUCGAGGGUAA